AUGGGUAGUGGUCAUUUAUAUGUCGUGGUAUGCAAAAACUUACCAAAAUAUAAGGUACACAUACAGCUUGUCACGUUAGUGGCGUGCUUGGCGGUGGGCGCUGGCGAUGCAGCCAACAUACUGGCGCUGCUCCACUACCCUGGCGGCAGCCACUUCAACACGCUGGGCCGGCUGGUGCGCGAAUUGGCCGCCAGGGGCCACCACCUGACCGUCGUGAGCCACACCCCACUGGACAGCCCUCCGGCGAACUACACCGACGUCAGCAUCAGGGGGUCCGCACCGCUCGUCACGGACACGUUCAGUGUCAAGAGGCUUUUCUAUGCAGCCAAGAAAGACCAUGGCCUUCUCGAUCUGGGCAUCACGAGAGAAAUUGCUUCACACUUAUUCAACAUUGAUUUCAAAAACUGCAAAGUGGCAUAUGAACAUCCUGCCGUCGAAGACCUCAUAAGAAGCAUAAGGAACGGCCAGAAGCAGUUCGACUUGGUGAUCGUGCACGCUUUAACGAUCGACUGCUUCGACCCUUUCGCACACCUGCUCGGUGGAGUGCCGCUGGUUGCCGUUUCGACCAACGUGAUGACGCCCUGGUGCAGCGACAGGGUUGCCAACCCUCACAACCCCGCCUACGUCGGCACUUACUUUCUCCCGUACGAGACCGCCAACAUGGGUUUCUACGAGCGCUUUCUCAACACCGUCUAUCAUCUCUUUGUUAAAUUUGUGCGUCACGACGCCCUCUACGCGGACACAGAGGAACUACACCGCCGCCACCUGGGCGCGCAGCUGCCGCCUCUGUGGCAGUCGCUGUCGGCCACGAGCCUCGUGCUCCUCAACACGCACUGGACCACCGGAGGCGCAGUGCCGCUGCUGCCCAACGUCGUCGAGGUCGGCGGAUUGCACAUCGAGCAGCCGCAGCCCCUGCCGCAGGAGCUGGAACAGUUCCUGUCUGGGUCUAGAGAGGGCGUGGUGUACGUGUCGUUCGGCAGCCUGAUCGCCUUCCAUACGCUACCGCUGGACAAGAUGCGCGCCGUCCUGGAGGCUCUGUCCGGCCUGGAGCAGCGCGUCCUGCUGCGCUGCGACGCCUCCCAGCUGCCGGCCGGCGUGCGGCUGCCUGGCAACGUGAGGGCCAGCAGGUGGCUGCCCCAGGUCGACAUACUGGCCCACGACAGGGUGCACGCCUUCGUCACCCACGGCGGCAUGCACAGCGUGCUGGAGGCCGUCCACUUUGGGGUCCCGCUCGUGGGCUUCCCGCUUUUCGGCGACCAGAAGCUCACCAUGAACCGCUUGCAGACACUGGGUGUCGCAAUUCAGCAGGACUACCUCCACCUGACAGCACAGUCGUUUGGGGUCGCACUGCGGUCCCUCGUCAACAACACCAGGUACCGCGAGCGCGCCAAGCAGCUGUCUCGGCUGUUCCGGGACCGCCCCCGGCCGCCGCUGGAGGAGGCGGUGUACUGGGUGGAGUACGUCAUCAGGCACCAGGGGGCGCCGCACCUGAGGUCCGCCGCCAUGGACCUGGCCUGGUACCAGUACCUGCUGCUAGACGUCGCUGCCUUCGUGGGACUUGGUGCAGUCUUAGUGGGCACGUUGCUCUGUGUGUGUCUCAAGUCAACAUAUAUGGAUGUGUGGUCGACAGUAGAUAACGUGAAACGAGCGUGAACCCGUCUCCCUGUCACUCGCUCUUUUUUUCAUCGGCAUUACGGUGACAUUACUAUGACAACUGACUGAGAACUACAUGACAUAGAGAUAAUGACACAUGUCAAUAGAGCACCUCUUCAAAUUUAGAUUCUUAACAAAUGCUGUGGUAUGGUUACAGUAAGGAGCAUGCACGUCAGUACAUGUAGAUUUAACCUUCACGUUUUGUUGCAUUGAAUUAGUUGCACUUGUAGAUAAGCGCCACAGUGUAGAGAAUCCCACAGCUGGCUCCUGUGUCACCUUCUCGUGGAUUUCAUAUCAGCAACUUCGAUGAACCUCACGGACGCACUGUCUUUUGCCAAGCCCUGAACAGUACCCAUAUUCAGUAACUGUAAUGUGUGUCAAAAAUUUAGAAAAAUACCCCAUCCACUGAUGUCAUGUAUACAAUGACAGAAAAAAAUCGUAAAUAAAAAAAUUAUUUCGCGAAUGCAUAUGUCUAGAU